AUGCCUGCCAUCCAUUCUGCCGUCGUUAUCGCCAUCUUCCUCACUGUGGAAUCAGGCGAUGAGGUCGUUGGCGUUCAUCUCUUUGUAUCAGCUUUCGCAACUGGUCUUCGAUUCAAUCUUUUUAUCGGCAUCUGGGAUGCUAACGGAACCAUUCGAGAUUCGGCGAGUGCAGAUAUUGAUGUUGAAAUCGAGGAUAUCUCAGCUCCUACGUCUUUGUUUCCUGGUGAUGUUUCAUGUGCUUCUUUUCAUUUUCUCGCCUUGGGUCGCGGAAGGCUUCAGCCUUGGAACUCUUCUCAAGAUGAUCCCAUUCACCCUCGUCCCAAAGUCCCUGAACAAUACGGACUUCCUGUUCGACAAGCUCUUCUAUCACUUUAUGGGCCUCUCGGAGAGCAGCUGCAGUCACAGGGAUUUGAAGUCUUCGUGGUCGCUUGGGCUGUGGAGAUGCCUGAGACGCCUGCGUGCUUCCGUGCCGCUUCAGUCGUCCUCGGUAUGGGAGUGUCACCCGGUUAG